UUGACAACUGGUUGUCGUUUUGCGAAAAAGGUAAACUCCAAACAGUUUUCAUUAUAGAUGACGAAUGGUUUGUUAAAUUUUUCAUCAGAACCCCGUUCUAAGUCACAAAUAAUAAAAUGAAUCGCUUAACACGUCUGCUAAAGAGAUUAUAGAAAAAAAAAUUUUGACGCGUACCACAAUCUGGUUUGUUUACGAUGAAAAAAUUAACCGGAUCUUUCCGGAGUACCCAAUGGGACCCGUACCUGCUGGUGGCGCAAAUUAUCGCGAUACAAGCUUUGCUCUAUGCUAGUCUCGGUUUCAUUAUGAUAAUAAUGGAUUACUUAGCGGAGGCCAAUCACACAUUGGACCACAUUUUCGAGUAUCACGAAAUCCAUGUCACCGAUCUGGGCGGAAGUCUGGUCAUAGUGGCAUGGGUAAUCAACUCGCUCGUUGGUUCUGGACUGCUCUGGUUCGUUGUUCGGCGAACAAAGCUUUGUCUCGAUUUCAGUGUAACGUUUCACUUUAUCCAUUUGGUGGUUUGCUGGUGGUAUAACAGUGCCUUUCCGACCACCAUCAGCUGGUGGCUGCUGAAUGCCGUCUGUACGGCGCUGAUGUGCGUCGGCGGAGAGUUCCUCUGUCUGAAGACUGAACUUCGGGAAAUUCCUGUGGGCUAUUCGGCAUUGAACAACAAAGUUGACCUGUAGUUGGAUAAAAUCUCGUUGCUUUUGGAAAGGAAACUGCUUAUGUUUCAUGUAAUUAUUAGUAGUAGAACGCGUCUUGUUUAUUAUAUUAGGCUCCUUCACGUGUAAAUAUUAAAUUGUUUCUUUUGUUUUACAUCGAACGAUUGAUAGCAAGCGGUAUGAGAAUGCAGGGAGUAAUGAAUAAACAAAUAUACUUGUUUUUAAGUAACUUUUCAGCUUUUUAAU